AUGCAUCUAAGAGGAAACGGGCUUCUCGAUACCAUCGAUAAGUCGGAAACGACAUCAGAUGAAAAAAAGGCGAAAGCCAUAAUAUUUUUGCUCCACUACAUCAAUAAUAGUUUAAAAGAGGAAUACAUCACGAAAGAAGAUCCUGCAGAUCUUUGGCAAUCUCUCAAAGAUAGGUUUGAUCACCAAAAAAUGAUGUUCUGUGGACAGGAGGUAAGUGAUUUCGACAAGAUCGAAAAAACUCUCCAAACAUUUCAUCCUGGAAAUGUAAUCCUGCAAAAACAAUACCGGGCAAAAGGUUACACCACUUACUCGGAGUUGAUGCAAGUCCUCCUUGUGGCUGAACAAAAUAAUCAGCUCGUGAUGUUAAACUAUCAAACUCGUCCAACUGGAUCAUCACCAUUCCUAGAAGCAAAUGUUGCAUCAUCCAGUCAAAAUAAUAGAACCGAACACGGACGCGGACACGGCCGAGGCCGUAACCGCGGACUAGGUCGUGGACGAGGAAGAAAAACUGAUGUUGGUAGGGAAGCAGGAAAGCAAAAAAAAACUGCUUGUUAUAGAUGCGGCAUGAAAAAUCACUGGGCAAAAACAUGUCGUAUGCCAAGACAUUUAGCCGAUCUGUACCGAGCAUCACAAGAUGCCAAAGAAAAGGAUAAAGAAAAGAAUUUUGAAACCAAUUUCAUCUCUGAUGAAGCUGGACCUUCCUUUGAUGGCAUAAGUGAUUAUACUCAUCUUGAUAUCGCUGAUUUCCUUGUUGAUCCUGAAGAAUCAACGGAAACAAAGCGAUUAAGAUCGAUGUAA